AUGCGCCUCCAAUACCGCUCCUUGCCCUUCUACAUCCGACAAGAUUGCUUGAAACUCUGCCUAGGCUCGGAAAUAGGCUUCGUGAUCGAGGUGAAUAACAUUGUCCAGGAUGUUAUGGACUCUAAAGAUGUGCUGUUCAUCAUCUUUCUCGAUGGCCCACCCUCUGACGAUCUGACAGAUCGCGAUGAACAUACUGCCACUGAUGCAGUUCGAAUUCGAGUUAUCACCCCAACAUCUGCACUGCAACAUUCCGAUGUCCACACAAUCCCUUUCCUAAAAGACGGCCACAUUUACCCACCCUUUUCGACCCUAAGAAAGAUAAGAGAUGAUAUUGCACAACACCUCCAUGUGUCUGCUGUCCCACCUGAAGAACCGAUUGAUGCUGAGUGCAAUUGCGCGUUAGCCGAGCUUUUGGUGAAGAGAGGCGAGUGGGAGGAGCUUCCUUGUGAGGGCUACGAGUCGUGCGCUCGAUGUGGCAGACCUGUCGCCCACCACAGCGAAACAGAGGAGACAGACCUUUGCCGAUCAUACGUUCUCCGUCGGCUGGACCUGCCUUGCGGACAUGUUAUCCACUCUCAAUGCCUCAACAAUGGAAAGGAGUAUGAAUGCCCAGGGUCCUGUUACGUGACGACGCCUUGUCACCCAAUAUCUUCUGCCUACACCUGGGUUGUCUCCGGCAAUGGCCACAUUGAGAAGCUGGAGCUGGCAUCGUCGAGUCACUCAGCACUGAUGGGGGCGCUCGCAGAUCGACUCGGGGCCGAAUUCGCCCAUGCAGAAGCCGUGUCCUGCAAAGGCGGUCUGAAAGAGAACGACGUCUGCAUUCGACUACCCAUAGUGGCUAUUUGCGCCAAUGCUAGACAUCACUCGAAAGGGUUAAUCUUGACCCCAUACAAAGAUACUACCUCCGUUGAGCUCGAUCUACACACCGUCGAAGCUCCGAUCAACGCUAGCAAUCUCAGCCUAACCCUUAGAGGGGUUUGGUUAGCCCAGAUCGCCGUCGACGGCAUCCUCACGGUCUACGCCGUCACGCGGACCGCUGGACUGGUCCUUGGGUUGGUUCUCCACAACGUCAAUCUCAACACAGCACGGGAACAAGGAGGUGGGGUCACAGAAGAGUCCUCGAAACCUAGCAUGCCUUACCUUACGGGCUAUCACACGAUUGAUCUGAGGGAUGUCAAGACUCUAGAAGUUGUGACCGAGCCAGUUUCGACGGACAUGGGCUUGGUCAACAAGGGUAUCUUCGUAGCAUUCUCCAACUCUGGACUCAUGCAAGGCAGCCCUUCAUACAGCCUCACAGAUUAA